AUCCCUCCUUCCCCUGGCCGCGGCUUGGCUUCGGGUCUCCUCAUCGAGUCCAACUCGAAAGGCUCCACUGCUCCAGGUGCUUCGCUCCACCAGCUGACGACAUGGCCUCGCCGGCGACCGGCGAUUCCGAUCAGGUACUGGUGGAAGCAAAUGGCUCUACACGGACAUUGGUUUUGAAUAGGCCAAAGCAGUUAAAUGCUCUCUCCUCUGCAAUGGUUACAGAACUUCUGAAAUGUUUCACUUCUUAUGAGGAAGAAAACACAGUUAAACUGUUGAUUGUCAAGGGGAAAGGAAGAGCAUUUUGUGCUGGAGGUGAUGUUGCUGAAGUCGCCCAAUCUAUAAAUAAUGAUACCUGGAAAUAUGGUGCUGAUUUUUUCCAUACUGAAUUUUUGUUAAACUAUAUCAUUGCAACUUAUAGCAAACCACAGGUUUCUCUACUUACUGGAAUUGUCAUGGGUGGAGGUGCUGGUGUUUCUAUACAUGGAAGGUUUCGGGUUGCCACAGGGAACACGGUUUUUGCAAUGCCAGAAACAGCACUGGGACUCUUUCCAGAUAUAGGGGCUUCUUAUUUUCUUUCUAGACUACCUGGGUUCUAUGGAGAGUAUGUUGGCCUUACUGGUGCAAGAUUGGAUGGUGCAGAAAUGCUUGCAUGUGGCCUGGCAACUCAUUUUGUCCCUUUGAACAGGAUGCCACUGCUUGAAGAAUCACUUAAAAAGGUGGAUACUUCUGAUCCAUUUGCUAUAUGUGGAAUUAUUGAUCAAUUUUCACAACAGCCAUCUGUGAAAGGAAGUAGUGCUAUGAAUAGGAUGGAAAUCAUCAACAGAUGCUUCUCCAAAAGAACAGUCGAAGAAAUCAUAUCCGCUCUUGAACAAGAAGCUCCAAGUGUGGCCGAUAAAUUGGUUACUGCUGCAAUCCAGUCAUUGCGGAAGGCUUCUCCUACUAGUCUGAAAAUCUCUCUCGCAUCGAUAAGAGAAGGGAGACUGCAAACUGUUGGUGAGUGCUUGCGCCGAGAAUAUAGAAUGGUUUGCCAUGUGAUGCGCGGUGACUUCAGCAGAGAUUUCUUUGAGGGAUGCAGGGCGAUACUUGUAGAUAAAGAUCGAAACCCAAAGUGGAUGCCGCCAACUCUGGAUCAAGUGCAUGAUGGGGUAGUUGCAAAAUAUUUCUCCAAGGUCGACGAUCCACAGUGGGAAGAUUUGAACCUACCAACUAGGUCUUCCCAUGGAAGAAGAAUUGUUCCCAAGCUCUGAUGGAAGUCUCAUGCGGAGGAUUCAGAUGAAGCCUUGACGGGUGCUCGUGAGUAAAACAUAUGUCUUGAAUGAAUCCAUAGACAUAACUGAUGGAAUAAAUCGGAAGUACAUCUUGUAGAUAGAUUAACUGUUAUUACCACACAAAUUUCUUUGUCAGUUGCUACUAGUAUAAUACUGGAAGGAAGUAAGUGUUAGUGAUAUAAUCCUGGCUGCGGUUGCUCUCCAAAGCUGGAGCUUAUGUUACAGGCUACCGGCUUCCA